UUUAGAGAAAAAGAUCACCAGAACUUGUGCAGAAGAUGCUUUUGUAUUCUUUAAUGUGAAUCAAAAUACAUUGUGGUAAACAAGAAGUUAAAGUUUCCGUCGUUCAUAAAGUUGUACGAAAAAUAAAAGAUAUUUUGAAGGAUGCUUAUCGAAGGAACUUUUGUCGUAUCGAUUAGUAUAUCGCUAUUGCUCUUCACACUUCUUGCGUGGUUUGUUAACCGACAAUAUUGGCGAGAACGCGAUGGGAUUUUGUUAUAUGAUGCCUUUGUUAUUGACGCUCUGUUCUCUUUAUGCACAAUACUUUUGUUUGCUGACGCAAAGGGCGAUAAAAUAUUUACAAACAUGUAUGUAUUUCUUUCUUUGAUGUCAUGGGCAAACCGUUCGCUCAUUGCAAUUAACAGAUACAUUGUAAUCACGUAUUCACUUCACUACGAAUCGAUACUUCGGCGUUCCACAUUGAUUGGGUUGGUUAUAUUACUUUGGAUAUCAACUUCUACUUUUGCUGUUUUAUCGUAUCUGUUCAGUACCUCAUGGUUGCCGCCAUCACGCGGUAUCUUUCUUAUGUUUUUUGCAGCUUGGUUGAGCAGAAAAUUUCUUAUCGCGGUUGUUGUGGUGCAUGUUAUAUUUGUGGUCGUGGUAAACGUUAUGGAGUUUUUGUCGUGGCGAACAGAUAUGGGCUUUCAGAGCAAGGUUUUCUCUACCAUCAUUGGACGAAUGAGAACGUUCUUCCGAAAUCCGUACCGGUCUUUUGAUAUCCAUGUGCAGAUAGAUGACCGUGAAACACGAGGACGUAAGUGUAUGGGAACUACCAGUUGGAUACUUCUCUUGACGCACAUUAUUAUCAUCACACCAUUCCUUGGUACGCUGUCACACUUUGUGAUCACAGGCACUGACGUGUUCGAGGAAGCCCACUUCAAAGUGGUAUGUACAUUGUCAAACGUUUUAAUGGCGUUUAAACCACUGAUAACUAUUUCUGAAAACUUACACAUAGAAGAUUCUAAGGCGCUGAAACACUCGCUGAUCGACGUUUGCUGUAGAAAGAAUCAACAAGUGGAUGCGCCUUUUCAGUUAACUGAAGUAACGUCACAGUUGCAAGAUCCUAGUCUUCUUGGGUUUAGUCCGGAGUUCGGAAUGAUGACUACUGAACAUAGGGAAGAGAUUCUUCAGUUGAGACGGGAGUGUCUGGAGUUUCGAAAGAAACGUCUGAUGUCAUCCAAUCAUUCGGAAUGCCCUGUAUUUAUGGAAACAGUUCUUUAGGCAUAUUUGAGAUCUGUAGAAGAUUUUUCAUUUUGAGAAAAGUUCUUUUUAUGAAUAUUUAUUUUGUAAAUGCUUUUUAUGUUAAAGUUUUGGAUCGCUGUUGGUUUUGGCAGCGAUGAACAGGAGUUGAUUUUUUACGCCUCCCAGUAACUUUCAUGUAGCAAACUUCGUUACUAAAACUUUAUAAGUAUAUUGUUAAUUCACUAUGGGAUCACAUUCUUUUUAGAAUAAGCAAGAUUACCUUUUUUUACAUUUAUACAAUACAAAGGAGUAUGCAUAUAUUUUGCGAGAUAAAUCAAGUGUAUAUUAAAGAAAUAUUUUCGUUUGCCAUGUUGAAGCCUCUAAUUUCUUUAGGAAAGUCACAACUUUAAUAUAUUAGAGAAAUGGUUUACAAAUUUUCAAAAGUCACAAAUCCACCCCUGGCUACUGUUAAUGCUACCACCUGUUAAUGCUGCAUGUUUUUCUUAUAAAAACAUGUUUGGCAGGCUUAUAUGUUUAUUCAAUUUUCACGGUUAUACAAUUUUGUUGAGUCUUUAGCUAUAUUAUGCGGCUCUUUUGUUAGAAUUUUGUUCAGGUCUAUGAUUAGAUAUAACUUUCGCAUUUGUAUUUAUUUCUUUAAACUUUUUUUCACAGUUGAUUGUUAAGAAAUAUAGUGAGCUAGGAUGGGGAAUGGAUCGGAGCACCCACGAAGCAAAAGUGUUCCUACGGCCUGUUGUGCAUUAGGAUCAAUUAGAUUCACGCAGAUAUAUAUAAACAAGAGGGUGUCGCAAGCGACGUAAAACCUAGUUUGUGUCUAUUUCAUAUAUACACUUUUUUAUAUAGCAGUUUCAGUAAAUAACAAUAUAGAUUUUAUUGUUUCUUGAAACAAAAUAAAAUUGUGCUACUACGUACUACCACACUCUUGCUAGGUUCCUUAUAAAAAA